AUGCUGCGAUCACCACUUGCUAUCAAAUUCGGGAGACGCUUCCAAAGUGACUUCACCUAUAAAAAGUGGAUACAUCUGAGCUUGCCACAGAAGCAGGAUUUCGUGAAGGGGUUUGUCGAGAACUACAGGAAACAAUAUCCAGGCUCCAAAACGAACGUCUCACUGAGAGGCUUGGCGCUAGAUAUGGAAGGACAUGGUGAUGCCCCUUCAGUCUUUGGAAUAUUCUAUGAUGACGUGUGGGAAUUAUGCAAAAAGUCUAAAGAAGGUCUCUACUCUGAAGAGAGACAGGCAUUGCAGAGGAACGAUAUUAAACAGACUGGACGUUUUGGCCAUGAAAGCUUUUACGAUUUGCUGGUGGAAGAUGACAGGUAG